AAGCGGAAGCGCGCUCUUUCAAACUCGCCGUCCCAUCGUCGAUAGACUCAGGCCACUUCCGGCGUAGCCAUGGCGGCUAACGCUACCACUAACCCGUCGCAGCUUCUCCCUCUAGAACUUGUGGACAAGUGUAUAGGAUCAAGAAUUCACAUUGUGAUGAAGAGUGAUAAGGAGAUUGUUGGCACACUUCUGGGAUUUGAUGACUUUGUCAAUAUGGUGCUGGAAGAUGUCACAGAAUUCGAAAUCACACCAGAAGGAAGAAGAAUUACUAAAUUAGAUCAAAUUUUGCUAAAUGGAAAUAAUAUAACAAUGCUAGUUCCUGGAGGAGAAGGACCCGAAGUAUGAAUGGAUUUCCUUGACUUACACUAGAUUCUGUUUUGUUUUAUAAUGACAGCAAAAUAGAAUUUCUUUUUAACCUUUUAAUGUUUGGAUUCUGUGAAGCCAAGCUUCCCGUUAAAGGGAAAUGCUUUGAAGAUGCAUUGUAAAUGCCCAUUUUUGUAAGUUAGUUAUGAUUAUCUUGGGAAAAAAAGUUUGUUCUUUGAAGACAAAAAUAAAGGUGUUUUUGGCUUACUAUCAUUGUAUUUAGUAUACUGAAAUAGCCAGUGGAACAAAGCUUGCAGUUAUUUUGUCAAUUGCUUUCCUGUCAAUUUUUGCUUAUUUGCUUUCACAUUUACAUGACCAUUUGAUUCUCAAACAAAAAUUGAUCCAAAAAAGAUGAUGAGGUUUGAUUUUUUUGCAUUUAAAAAACCUGAAAUGAUUACUUACAAAAUUCAAACUCUGAUGCUUUGAAAUGAGGAUUUUUCUACUGAACUCAAGUUCCAUUAACUCCUGUUAAAAACAAACAAGCAAAGUACACAGAUAAUAUAUGCACAUUGUAGAAAUGCAGAUAAAGUAAAAAGGAGAAUAGUAAUCACACUUUGCUGUGUAUCCUCUUAGGCUUUCUCAGUAUACUCUCAGUACACAUUUUAUUUUUACAAAAACAUGCUUUCCUGAAUAUACUGUUUUGUAGCCUCCCUGUAAGACUUUUAAAAUUUAUAUGGUGGGCAUCUUUCCAUGUCAGAUAUUUCAGUAACAUUAAUGUGUGCAUAAUAUUUCAUUAAAUGGGUUUACUAUAACUUA